ACGGAACCGAAUCACGUUUUAUUGGAAAUGUUUUGAGUCGUCCUUCGUUCCUCUCAGAAUUAGUGGUGUGUAAACAACGUAUGAAGUUGUCUACCAAGUCCCUUUCACGCAGUCAUGGAGACAGCAGCAUUAGUAGCCCCAGUCACAGCGCUGGAGUUCCUUCAGGAUACAUUGCUUUUGACAGGUGAGGGUCCAGUGUUGACAGUGUACAGUCUUCAUCCUCAACCUAAAGCAUGUAGCUCAAUGCCCGUGCUCCAACAGCACCGCAUCCAUGGGAUAAGGCAUAGAGUCCGGUCGGAUGUUUCACCAAAAAGUUCAUACACAGACAAUUGCAGAGAAUCCAGAGGUCUGAGCUCCCUCCCUGAACCCAACUACUAUGACCUAGCUGUGUUUGGUGGGAAGGCAGUCAGACGAGUGAGACUUCAUUUGAAUGUCUCUGCUCUGGUACCAGUACAAUUGGAGAUACAGAGUCCUGUUGUACAGCUUCAGGAUUGGGUCCUGGAUGUCCGCUGGCUAUGUAAAGACAAAGAGUCUCUGCUGUGUGUGGCUGUUGCCCAUAACGGUGCCCUUCUUCUGGACAUAUCCUCAGGGAGAGUCUUGGCUCAGCGCUCAUGUCUGGAAGGGUGUCUGUUGUACUCUGCGCUUCUCGUGGUGCAUAAAUCCUGGGAAGAUACUGUUCUUGUAGGAGGGACUGUUUUCAACCAGCUGAUCCUUUGGAAGCCUGGAGGAAAAGAAAGUAAUAACAAAGCUUCAGUGGAAAGACGUUUGUUGGGACACACUGGUGUUAUCUUCAGCAUCUCAUACCUUCAGGAGAAAGGAUGGCUGGCAUCAGCUUCAGAUGACCGAAGUGUCAGAAUGUGGUCUGUUGGUGUGUUAGGUGGCUCCGGAGGGAACUGUGGAGGCCUGAACCCAACAUGUAUAAGGGUUCUAUUUGGACACCAAGCCAGGGUCUUCUCUGUGUGCCUUUCCUCAAGGAGACUGUUUAGUGCCGGAGAAGAUGGGGCCUGCUUAAUUUGGAACUGGGCUGGAGUUGGGACAGUGCUUCGUUCUUUAAAGGGACAUCGAGCAGGGGGGAUUCGAGCGCUGGCAGUCAGUGCGGGAAGAAAUGACGCAGGCCGAUGGGUGGCAACUGGGGGAGCGGAUGGAGGGGUGAGGUUGUGGAAGGAUGAAGAAAAUAAGGAGGAAGACACUGGAACAAAAACAAUAACAGACUUGGAAUUUUCAGGUCAAGGUAUGCCUAAAGUAGUUUGUGUUGUUGAAGGCAAAGCACACAAUACAAAUUGGCGCCAGUGUAGCAUUCUGGUUUGUACUGACCAAGGAAUUGUUUACCACUAUGUUGAUGGCUACUGGGAGUUGGUAUGGCAAGGUUCUCCUGAGUUUCAGUCCUACUGUGUGAUGGAAACUGUUUGUGUAAGAGUGAAAGACUCAACAAGUAAAGCUAAUAUAUGUGCUGUUGGGAGCCUCAGUGGAGAUUUAAAUGUCUUUCACGUCGAUUAUCCCCAGCAUGGGAUUGUCCUCCAAGCAGGAGCCGGAAAAAUUCACAGUCUUACUUGGCAAAAAGGAGAUGACUAUCUGUAUUUGCUAGCGUCAGGUGCUGAAGGGCGAGUCUAUCGUUGGUGUAUAGAAGUGAGAUUAAAUGAAAUUGGUACAUUAGAUUUCAAUGUAAAAAUCUGCCCUCCAUUUGUUCUCCCUACUUGUGCCAAGCGUUGGCUGACGGCUGCAGUACGCCUCCAUCCCAAGCCUAAAGGGACUCUGUGGGUCUGCGGGGACAGAAGAGGGUCCCUGCUUUUGUUCCUGGAAGAUGAGGAUGAGACAAAUAAAUCUAUGCAAGAAAGUAAAAAAGCGCAUAAAAAUGAUAGAACAAUGAAAGAGAGGUCAGAGGGACACAAUGGCUUAAUGUUGUCUCCAGUAAACUGCUUGUUUGGGGUACACGGCAAACAGGGGGUCACAUCAAUCUGUGAAUAUCAGGGACUUCUCUACAGCACCGGGAGGGACGGCUGUGUGCGUGUUUUCAGAGUGCAUUACACACCAGAUGUAAAACUUGAAGGAAGUGGUAAGGGCAACCUUCAGUUGGAUGUUUUGAGAGUCCAGCGGGCCUGUAAAGGUAUGGAGUGGUUGGAAAGAGUUUUGUUCAUACAACCUACCAGUUAUGCAGACAAUGGUGUAACAAAAGAAUUCGAAAGCGAAAACAUGAUAUAUGAGUCUAUGACAGAAAGGCUUGAGGACCAAGAGGAAGGGCUAAAGCAGGAGAAUAAAAGAACAGAAGCACGGUUUGUCAUUUUUGGCUUUCAUGCCAACCAGUUUGUGGUUUGGGACCCAGUGAGGCAAGAGAGGCAAUUAGAAGUCCCCUGUGGUGGUGGUCAUCGCUCUUGGAGUUUCUGGCCAAUCCACUCAAGGGUUUGGUCCGGAUAUGGCGCUCUGGUCUAUAUCAAGCAGGGGUCUGUCCUCUCUUCAGAACCCCCCCUAAAGUCACCAAGCUGGUCUGGGAGUGCAGCAAGAAACGAAGGAUGGAACCUGAGAGAAGGCAUCCACGGUAGGGGAAUUGGGUGUGUGUGCCGACUGGGCAGCAUUUGGGUCCAGAAAGACAGUACAGCAAACAUCAUAGGAAUAUCUGGGUCUGAUGGAGUCCAAAUUGAAGGGCAGUGGGAAAUAAUUGUGACAGGUGGGGAAGACACAAGCUUAACGGUCCUAGCUGUCCAUCCCAACUCUGGUACUGUUACAGUCCUCUCCGUUAUUACUGACCACAUUUCAAGUGUCCGCACCAUAACAGCACUAACUCAUCAAGACUCCCAGUCCCUCUCUGCCCUGGUGAUCUCAGCCAGUGGACGGGCUCAGUUACAGUGUUACCGGCUAUGGGUUGGUUGGGACAAACAGAGACUACCGCCCGUCUGCCAGGUGGUGCAGGUGGCCAGCCACCGAUUAGACGAGCAUUGGGAGAGGAGGCGGAACAGACAUAAGAUGGUUAAAAUGGACCCGGAAACAAGAUACAUGUCGAUGGCAGUGGUUGACCACAACUCAGAUGCUGUUCUUGUGGCUCUUGCUUGCAGUGAUGGGGCUGUCAGAUUGUUCUCAGUCAGUGAACAGAAACGCCAAAUAGAUUUGUUGUGGGAGACGUUUUACCACCAGCGUUGUGUGCUCAGUGUCGCCACCUGCAGCUUGCAGGAUGGAAAAGGCAACAGGUGUGUGCUGCUGUUUAGUGCGGCAACUGAUGGCAAGAUUGCAGUGUGGGAUUUGACCCAUACAGCCUCUGCUUUGUUCUAUGGCCCACCAAGUGGUGCUUCAACUCCACCAACACCAUGCCUCACCAUUGCCGCCCACCAGAGUGGCGUCAAUUCCCUGGGCGUAUGGGCCGAGACACAGGGACACCAGGAUGGCAGUUGCUUGGUUACUGUCCCGAGUGGCGGGGAUGAUGGGCAGCUGACGGUGUCCACCAUCAGACUGGAGUAUGGUGGCAGAACUGGGGGCUUUACUCAGGACCAGCCACAGACCCAUCUCAGUCUACAGCUUAUCUCUCAGUUGACUAUUCCUUUGGCACAUGCAGCCCCUCUGACCGCCCUUAAGCUCCUUAAACCGGGCCUGAUUGUCACCACCUCUUGCGAUCAGAGGGUUUGCCUGUGGGAGCUGUGCAGUACUACCAUCAACCACAGAGGAGUGCUGUGCUCCCAUGUUGCUGAUGCAGCAGGACUUGCAGUGUGGCAGGAGGAGAUGGUGAUGGUGGAAAAUAGAAGGAAGAAGACCAGGUCUGAAGCUGACAUGGGUGUUGUUGAUGGAAGGACAGAAAGUAAGACAUUCUUAGAGACAACUGAGUGGGAAGCAGAGGCGCUGGGAUAUAAGGACCAAAAAGUUGCUAGUGCUGAAAAUACAAAUAACUCCAUUGAGACGAUAGAACAAGAGAAAGACCGUGGAAAUGAAAUGCAAACUGAUGACCAAGCUGGGGAUGAACCAGUCACAGAAAGUGCUAUGAGACUGUUCUGUGAGAAAAAGGAAGAGAGAAAACUGACAGGGUGGGUGCUGGUCUGUGGUCAAGGCUUCCAGCUGCUACGAAUUCGAAAUGCUGACAAUGAUGAAGGCGCCUAUAUACAUGAAAGGAGGAAUACUGAGUAGGACAUGAUUGCACAGGAGCGUCAUAGAAAUUCAGCAUAAUUGCAACUAUAAGUGCCUUUUAAAAUCAUUGUUCCACUUCAUUUUUUAUUGCACUUGCUGCAUUCAAAUAAAGCAUGUGUUGUACUUGCAAGCUUUUACGGGAAAAGAAAAAUAGAUACAUUAUUCUUUAAUUGAAAUAUGUGAGGCAAGGAUUUGUUUUUUCUUUUGCAGGGGGAUACUACUCCAAGUCCAUUGAAGUUAGACUCAACCUCUGAAAAUUUUCGAUCCAUCCAAAAUGUGAUUUCGGGAGUACCUUUACAACUCUCCAGUUUCAUUUCAUUUUGCCAACAGAUCCACGAUCAGUGUUGUUAAUAACGGCGUUACAAUAUAACGGCGUUAUUUUUUUCAGUAGCGGGUAAUCUAAUUAGUUACUUUUCUCAUCUUGGCGACGCCGUUACCGUUACUGAGGACGGAAAGGCAUGCGUUACUAUAUUGGUCGAAAAGUCUGAGGGAGACGGACUCACCAAGACGACAGAGCAGAGCAGGAGUGGGGAGAGGCAAGAAAGUUGUGACGCCGAGCAGACGCGAUGCUUGGUAGCUCUAAUAAUACAUGUUGUAGCCGAUAGCCUACAAACUACGCCCGCAUGUUAUGGUAGAUAUGGUAGACAUGGUAGAUAUAACGUACUGUAUAUAGAUAUAACUAGAUGCAAAAUGACAGACAUGGCACUAAAUGAGUUUGUAGACAGCCGCCAUCUUGAAGCAGUAGACUUUUUAGGACGGCUCUGUUGUAGCGAACCUUCCUAGCGAACCUAAGUAACUUUUUAUAUAAAAUACUUCUAAAUCGGCAACAUCUUGACUUGAAUCUAUCUUUAAAUGAUGAAACAGUUUUAAAACUUUCAUAUGUCGAAAGUAGAGAGAAGGGAACUAAUGCAAUAAUGGGAGCAAUUCUAACAACUUUUUAACAGUUGAUCCAGGGUAAAGAGUAAAUUAGGGUAAAGAAUUGGGCUCGGGCCAAUUGUACCAAAAACCUUCACAAAAAACUUCACAUAGUGUGGCCAAUGUUUUUUUUUGUUUUUUUUUUUUUUGAGGGGAAAAAAAAAAGUAAUUAUCACCAAUUACUUUGCCAAGUAACUAAUUACUCUUACAUUCAGGUAAUUGAGUUACUAACGCAAUUACUUUUUGGGAGAAGUAAUUUGUAACUAUAAUUAAUUACUUUUUUUUUUUUCAGUAAGAUUAACAACACUGUCCGCGAUGCCAUUUAAUGCUUGAUAUCAGGUCCGCUUUCAUGAGGAAUGGUCUUUUCUAAGUUAAUGAUUAUUUUCUUAACAGUUUAACAAUUUGGUCAUUAAAUAUCAUGUCUUUGUAGUGUAUUGAAUUAAAUAUAGAUUGAACAUGAUUUGCUAAUCAUUGUAUUUUGUUUUUAUGUUUAAAACAUUGUCCCAACUUCAGGAGACUGAGAUUGUAGAUUGGCCAUUUCUUCCCAAGGCUAAUUAGUAAAAAAAAAAAAAAAAAAAUCCUAUAUUUCAAGUACAUAAUGUAUAGCAUAAAAAUGUAGUCUUACAUUUUCAAUGGCACGCCUCAAGGUUCAAGGGUGAGCUCAAUCCAAUCCCAGGUGAUUUUUGUUGAGAAGCAUUCUACACUUGGAAGCAAAACCAAAAAGAAAAGUGGUUAGCUGACAAGCUGGUUAGAAUAUAGUGGCCGUCUAUGCAACUUUCCACACGGCUUUGCACACGUACACCAUGCCAGAGGGGACCUACAUGAACAAACCAGGGAAUGGUAAAGGAACAAUAUUGUCUAACAGCUUGACAAAACCACAGUCACUUGAAACAGUGCCUGUCCAGAUUUUCCUUUAUACUGCUUUGCCCUGGACUUGUCACCAUGAAGCCAGUUGCAGACUUCAAACUUGUGAGGCUUCAAACGGGGUGUUCAGAGAGUACUGUAGUGUCAUCAGCAGGCUGAAACUGAGAACAACUGUUCUGAAUUGUGCUAUUUAGCUUCAUGGCAGUCUAAAGCAAGUUGUAAAAGAGUGCUUACAAGUUUAAAUAUUUAUAUAACUGAAAUGUUUAUAUUAGUAUUUUAGAAUUCUGCUAGCAUGCGUGUAAGUCAAAUUAGGGGUCAAACUCCAUGAAGACUUCCCAACUGAAUGCAUCUAUUAAAUAUUUUAAUGAAUUAUAACCUUGUCUCAAGUUCCCCUUUGGUCGAGUGCCAAUGUCACAACCUGUGCAUCACAGAAAGACAAGAAGAGAAAGGGUAAAGGAAAGUGAAUAUUCACUUCAAGAUACCGAUGGAAAGAGGGAAACAUACUCUAGGUCAAUGUGCAAGUGCUGCUAUUGCUUACUACAUUGCGAAAAGGCCUGCCGCUGGGUAAAAGCAUUGCUGGUGUGCUGAUGCAGUGAAGGUGAGGCAAGCUGGGGGGAAUGAUUGAAACAUUAGAAGCAGCCCGAUCAACACUUGAUGUUCAUUGUGAAGUUGCUUGAAUGUUUGUUUUAAAAGAGGCGGAAUAUCUUCAAUUUGACUACAAUAUUUUCUUGGUUUUCAAUCCUGUCUGUCCACAGACGAGUGCUACAAUCGAAGACUGACCUAUUUAUUUUUAACUUCGGAAAAGUUCAUCUUAGAGAUGCCAUGUGAACGUCUGCCCCUUAUAAAUCCAUCUGGGAAUAAAGCAGUCAAGCCUCAUAUCUCAUCACGGACUCCCCAGUGUAGCAAACGCAGAAAGCGUAGCGAGCAGCAGAGACCCUCUCCUCAUGACACAGCACUUCCUCUCCUCUCAGACUCCACAAUGACACCCUGGAGAGCCGUCCUUCUCUCAGAUUCCUCUUUCUCAUCCAUUGAUGCAGACCUUUCUACAAAACCUUCUGCACCCCCAUCGACUCCUUACCAUAGAAAUCGGAACGACGUGUUAACUUUAAGUUUCAGCUCACAAGAUGAAGGAUACGAAGAAAUAAUUAAACAACAAAAGACACUGGCCCAGUCGGUCACGCCUCACCAGACCCGUCUUCCUCCAGUGCGUCCCAUUACCAACCUCAGCUUCUCCCGCAGCUUCACCUUCUCUUUCUUUGAGCUUCCUCUGCACCACUCACCUCGAUGGCGUCCUGAACGAAUGAGAAACCUUAUGCAACUUUUGAGACAGACACAAUAUUGAUUCCCCCAAUGAUAAUAAAACUUCAGAGAGUGCAAGCUAAUAAGUAAGUUUUGAAAUUUGUAAUGUGAGGUAAGUGUUGUAAGUGAGGUAGUGCUGUGUUGUUAUGUUUCUUUUAGUAUUCCAUGAAAAAAAUCAAUGCUUAAUAAGGUUUAGUUACUGUAUGUUUAAAGAUCUUUUAAAAUGGAAGUAAACAUUAAUAAACAGUUUGA